AUGCAAUUUGCAGGGGAGCCAUCUGUACCGACAUCACCGCACAAUCUUCAGAUCAGCCCUCGUGAUGCAUCCAGCGUUGAGCUUCGUUGGCUACCACCUCUAAGCUCCGUGCACAUCCCCUUUUAUCAGGCACCACUUUACGGAAAAAACCAGUACCCAUGCUUCAAUCAGAAAACUGAAAUUCAUCAUAAUCAGCUCGACGUAGUUUAG